GGGCAGGAAUAUGAGGAAUAGAACAGUCUCUUCAGACUUUACCAAAAGAUUUUGAUUUUUUUGCUUAAAUCAAAGAUGAAUUCUCUGAAUUUUGAAUUUUUGAAUUUUUUUUUCUCUUUCUGAAGAACCGUACAGGAAAGGGUUCAUCUUUUAGCUGUUUGUUUAACUCCCUAGCCUUUUUCAAUUUUUAAUAACAAUGGAUUUUUCUUUGUUCCUAUAGCACAUAAUGCCAGCUAUCUAUAAAUAUAAUAAAAUUAGUACAUUAGACGCAAUGAAAAGGUGUGCAAGUCUGAAGGAAAAUGGUUUUAAUUAACAUGUCUCGUGUCUUUCUAGCCCUAAAAAUAGGAAAAGUCAACUGGCACUCCAAACGAAAUAAAGCUGCACACCACACCUCUGAUUACAGCAGCACAGAACUCAUCUUGAGGAGAGGGCAGCCCUUCAACAUCUCUCUGAACCUCAAAACAACAGCACAAUCUUGGGACAACUUCACCUUUAUUGCAAGCACAGGACCAUCUCCAGCAGAAUCCCUGCAGACCAAGGCCAUAUUUAGCCUUUCUGAGGAGGGUUCCAGUGGCUGGAGUGCAACCCAAGAGCCCAGUGAGCCUCGCUGCCUGAGCUUCACCAUCCUCAGCCCGGCCGACGCCGUCAUCGGACGAUACAAACUCCAGCUCGAGGUCCUUGCUGGGAACAAGGUCUCCUCCAAAGUCCUGGGCCAGUUUGUGCUACUCUUCAAUCCCUGGUGUCCAGAUGAUGAUGUCUACAUGGCUAAUGAAAAGGAGCGGCAGGAGUAUGUCCUGAAUGACAGUGGAAUCAUAUUCCAGGGAGUGGAGAAAGAUAUUCAAGAAGAAGCUUGGAACUAUGGACAGUUUGAAGAGGACAUCCUGGAUAUCUCUCUGGCUGUUCUGGACCGGAGCCUGAAGCACCAGGAGGACCCAGCUGUGGAUGUGUCCAAGCGGAACAGCCCUGUCUACGUGAGCAGGGUUAUCAGUGCCACGGUGAACAGCAACGACGAGAAGGGAGUGGUGGAAGGGAAGUGGAGUGGGAAGUUCCGCUCAGGAACCAACCCCCUGCGCUGGAGCGGGAGCGUGACCAUCCUGCGCCGGUGGCACCGGGCCCGCUACAGACCCGUCCGCUACGGCCAGUGCUGGGUCUUUGCAGGAGUCACCUGCACAGUGCUGAGAUGCUUGGGAAUACCAACUCGUGUUAUUACAAACUUCAACUCUGCCCAUGACAAGAACCUAAAUCUGAGUAUUGAUAAGUACAUUGAUGUGUCUGGAAACAACCUGCACUUGAGUGAAGACAGUGUGUGGAAUUUCCAUGUCUGGAAUGAAAGCUGGUUCAUCAGAAGAGACCUCGGCUCUUUUUAUGAUGGAUGGCAGGUUCUGGAUGCAACACCCCAGGAAAAAAGCAAAGGCAUCUAUCAGUGUGGUCCUGCCUCCACCAGAGCCAUUAAGGAAGGGGAUGUGAACCUGGAUUAUGACAGCCCAUUUGUGUUUGCAGCAGUGAAUGCUGACUGUGUUACUUGGAUUCGCUACAGCAAGAAAAGAAAAGAGAGAAUUUAUUCUGAUACCAGGAAGAUUGGAAAAUUUAUCAGCACCAAAGCAGUGGGCACCAACGCCCGCGUGGAUGUCACUGCUAAUUACAAAUAUCCAGAAGGAUCCUUGAAGGAAAGGCAGGUGUACAGGAAAGCACUGAAGCUGCUUGGUGUGAAAAGACCUGGGAAAAGAAGCAAAAUUCCAAGACACAGAAGUAGAUUCUCAAGAUCACAGCCUGAACAAACUCCCAGCAUCUCAGGGAAGCUGCUCCUUGAUGCAUCUCCUGUGGUUGGCCAGGACAUCCUCCUUACCUUGACACUCAAAAACUUGAUCUCAGAUUUUAAGACCAUAAAAGUUAAACUGAAGGCUUCAGCCAUUCUCUACACCAGAAAACCCAAGGCAGAGAUUUUGCAGUUGCAUAGGUCUGUUAAACUUGAAGCUGAAGAAGUGAAAGAGCUUUCUUUCAAGAUCUCCUACUCCCAGUACAAAAACUCUCUUAUGGAUGACAGGAAGAUCCUUGUGACUGCUGUGUGCCAGAUCAAACGGGGAGCCUCACUUCUAGUUGAGAAGGAUAUUGUACUCCAGGAUCCUCUUCUCACCAUCAAGGUCCUUGGUCCAGCUGUGGUGCACAAGCCUGUCAGUGUGGAGGUCACAUUUACCAACCCUCUGUCUGAUGAGGUGACAGACUGUGUCCUGAGAGCUGAAGGCAGUGGCCUGCUCAAAGAGCAACUCCGCAUCUGUGUGGAAAGAAUGGCCCCCAUGGAGACUUCAACAGUGGAAUUUGAAAUCAUUCCCUACAGGAGUGGCACCAGGCAGCUUCAGGUGGACUUGGUUUGCACCCACUUUUCAGACAUUAAGGGAUUUGUGAUGCUUCAUGUGGCCCCUGCUCAGUGAUAUAACCUGUACUAGAGUUCAGUUUUGCCUGUUUAUGAGGCUGGUGCAGUGUUCAUGCAUUCUUAUGACUGGAAGCACAGAAAUGCAGAUUACUCAGCCAAAAUAAAGUGAUGUAAUAUGAACGGAAACUAAUAAAAAGGUACCAGAGACUAUACUGUAAAGACAGUGUCACCUUUCCCAUUCUCUAGCCUGUUUUAUGGAGCUUCACACAUACAAUUACUAGUGGGAAUCAUUACAUAAUUAAACUUGAAGGAGAGGAUCAAGUGUGAUGGUUUCCAGCAUUAGAGCCUGUAGCAAUAAUAGCAGCUGGAUUUCCAAGGAACAUCAUUUAAAAUCACUGGUUUUAUAAGCUUCAUGGAAUGCAAUUUAAUUAUCACAGAAUAAUAAAAUGGUUUGAGUUGGAAGCAGGCUUAGAGCUCAUCUUGUUUCAGCUGCCUGCCAUGGGCAGGGACACCUUCCACUAUCCCAGGCUGCUCAGAGCCCCAUCCAACCUGGUCUUGGACACCUCCAGGGAUGGGGCAGCCACAGCUUCUCUGGGCAGCCUGUGCCAGGGCCUCACCAUCCUCUCAGGGAAGAAUUUCUUCCUAAUAUCCAAUCUAAACCUCCCCUCCUCUAGCUUAAGGCCAGUCCCUUGUGUCCAAUCUCCCUACACCCCUGUGAAAAGUCCCUCUCCAGCCUCCUUAUAAGCCCCUUUUAGGCACUGGAAGGAGCUAUAAGGUGUCCCUGAAACCUUCACUUCUCCAGGCUUAUAUCCACUAAAUAUGUUUUAUUCAGUACUAGCCAAAGUAGUAUCCAAGUAGCUGACAUACUUAAUUCUAGAAUUAAAUUUAUCAUUUAAUCUUAUAGCUAGAAGGAAAAUACAGCAAUAAGAUAUGGCAGUGCUACAACAGAACUCUCUUCUUAGGACUGGAAAAAUGAGAAAGUAGAAAAGUAGAAAAAGAAGGACAUCAGAAAAAAAUACAAAAAUUCACAAUUAACAGUCACUCUUCCUCGUCCCACAAAGCUGCUUAUAGCAGAUCAUCAUUCAUGAGGGAGGCAUUGUGCCACCCAUAUCUAAAUCCCUAAUGUGCCCAUUCACUCCUUGCAGAGUUAACAAGCCAGUAUAGCAAAGAUCUGAAUACUCCUAAGAGACAAUUUGACUUUUUCCUCCUGACAGUCAGUACUGUCCAGCAAUGCAGGACCAGCUUCCCCCAGAAUGCCCCAUGCACACAAACUGACCCUGUGACACAGAUUAAACUGAGGACUCAUUUAAAUAUUUCUUUGAUUUAAAGCCAACGAAAUCUUCAAAACAUGUGAAGUCCUAUUUUAUUACAUCAAUUACAAUAUUUUGCUACCCACACAUA